UACCUUUAAAAUAUAUAUUUUUAAUUCUGAGGUAAUGGACAAACCUGGUGAAGUUCAACGCCCAGCACAGAACCAUGGACACGGAGAGUCUGCAAACGGAUCGGUUCCAUCCGCAGCCGAAGACAAAGAUAAGUCUGCGGAGGAGAUGGACACACCAAUGGACACAAGUGGACCAACUGAUUGUGCCCUCACACUUGUAGUAAUUGGAGAUAUGAUUUCUGUUGAGGCUGGAGCAAACAACAUCUUACUUGAUGAUGAGCAAAGACAUUUUUCAUCCAAACUUUAUGACUUGUGUGGUCAGCACAUAUGUGUUGUUAACUUACUUGGUCAACAAAGCAUUGAAAACAUCUCUUUAAAUCAGAAAACGAAUGUCUUUCUCCUCCUGAUCCCAAAAGGCCAACAUGGCAGCCAUUAUAAAUCAGGAGUGCAGUGGUUAGAAAAAACAUUUGGCAGACAAUCACUGGCAUAUUUAAUGACAGUUGUGACCUCUAAUUCAGGUGAAGAGUGUGAUGGUGCAUUAAAAGACCUGAAAACUUUUGACGGUUUUGAUGAAAAAAGAUAUCACACAUGUACAAGGACUAUGGCAGAGGCAGAGGAGAUAGCAGAUCUACUGAAAAAAAUAAACAUUAUGGUCUCUGAAAUUAGUCCAUGCUGCUACAGUGGACUGGUGUGUGGUGAAAAUCCAGCAGAGGACAAACCUCGGGAGUCCACAUCGCUGGGAGAGUUGAAAGAUCAAACAGGAACGUCAAAUGAGAAAGUAUGUGGAAACACAGCAAAGCAGCCAGUAAAGGAUUCAAAUGAAAUCUGUCAGCAGCCAGUAAAGGAUUCAGAUGAAAUAUGUCAGCAGCCAGUAAAGGAUUCAGAUGAAAUCUUUCAGAAGCAGCAACAAGAAGAAAUAGAAACACUGUUUGGCAGACUUCACCUUCAGAAUAAACUUCAACAAAAGAUGUCCAAAGCUGACUUUCUUCAAAUAAGUCAAAUUAUAACACAGUGCUAUGACACAUCUGAAAAAGACCUAGCAUAUCGUUAUCUUCACAAGUUAAUUAUGUUAGAUUACAGAGCCAGAUAUAUUCCUGUUAAACAAGACAUUAUUGAAGUUACUGAUCCGAAGCCUGUUUUGAUGUCUGACACAAGUGAAACAGAUGAUGAUCUAGAGGACCUUUUGGAAACCACUGUAACCACAAAUCCGCUCAAACCGACUCAUGUACAUCCGAUGGAUGUUCAGAUGGCAGUAUUUCACUGCUCAGACAGCUUCCUCAGGCAGCUCAUGAUAACAAAGUUGUCACAGUGCCAGUAUGCCUUACCGUUACUUGUUCCUGAUCCAUUUACAAGGAAAACUGAGUGUCCUUUGUGGGCCUUCAGACAGAUAACAAAAACAUGGAAGGUAACCAAAGGUGAUUCAAAUAUCACCAUGAAGAGUAUUCCAAUCUACAAAGCUGAGACACCCAUGGUGUCUUUUUUCCGACUGGGUUCACUAUCAGUGUCUAAGUCUGAGCUAAUGAACUCUUUGAUCAAUGACCGCCACAGCACGUUCUUCCAUAGAAACUGUGCUGGAAGCACCAAAUCUUGUUAUUUAAUGGACGGUGUUACAGAGAUUGCCUGGUACUGCCCUGCUGGAAAACCCAACGAUGCCUUCAAUGACUGCAUUGCCUUUUGUAAUCUUCAUGGGGAUGCUUUGAUGAUUGAAAAACGAGACAUAUUGAUCGAAAAAUCAUCAAUUAAUGUUGUGCUGGUGCCAAAGCUCCAAAAAAAUGACAAGAGUUGGCCAAUAACAGCAGCACUCUUUAAAAUGAAAAAGCCUCUGAUUUGUCUCAUUGUUGAUGAUGCUUGUGAUGCUGUUCAAAUUAAAAAGGGAAAAUACAAAAUGGGACUUAAAAAAAGAAGCCAGUCAGAUGUUUCGGGAGAACUUAAAAGAAUCAUUAAAGAAGUUUUGUCUUCUGAUGAUCCCUCCAUUUUGAAAACGUCCUUCCAGCUUGAAACCAUGGCUGAGGUCUCUGGAAUCAAGGUAGAUGAAAGUAACCGUGAGUGUCAAAAUGGAAAGAUUUCUGCUACGAAAAUAGCUAAUUUGCUUCAGGAUAAAGACGUUUCAACAAUCAAAGAUGAAUUUCUUCCUUGUCAAGGUGAACUGUUGCACAAGUGGUGCCAGAUAAACAAAGAUCUCUAUCAUCUCAAAGGACAGUCCAUUGAAAAGGAAAAAUCAAUAAAGGAAAGACAACUGAUGGAACUACGUCAGGAACAAUGUGCUGUUUCCUGCAGUGAACUGAUAAAGUUGUUCACUGAAAGCCACUGGUCAAAAGACGAAUAUUUUCUGAAAUGGACUCAGAUUCUGACAGAUGCCCUCUCCACAGACGAUAUUUCUUCGAUUCUCCAAAACUAUGAUAACACCUGGUCUGAGGUGUUGGCUUUGAAGAACAAACACGUCAAAUCAGACGUUUUGGAAGCCAAAAAAGCAGAGCUUGAAUGCUUAUCAAAAAAGCUGCAAUCUGCAACGUUUGGCUUGGAGCACAUUUUUAGAGAAAUAGGGCAGAUCUAUGAGGCUCAAAAAACAUGUCACCCAAACAGCAGACGGGGGAAUUGGUCCAAGUACCCAAAGCUAGCUGCAGAUCUACUGAUUUCUGGACAACCUUUGGAGCUGCUGGAUGGAGAUGCAGGUCAUGUUCCUCUGAAGUGGAUUUCUGGUCUUUUAGAGGAAGUCAUCAAGAAGCUAGGUGACCAGAAAGUGUUUGUGCUGUCAGUUCUGGGCGUACAGAGCAGUGGAAAAUCUACAAUGCUGAAUGCUAUGUUUGGACUACAGUUUGCAGUGAGUUCUGGCAGGUGCACCAAAGGUGCCUUCAUGCAGCUGGUCAAAUUAUCAGCUGAGAUCAAGAAGGGCUUUAAGUUUGACUAUAUUUUAGUGGUGGACACUGAAGGACUGCGUGCUCUUGAGCUAGGAGGCAACACAUCUCUUCAUCAUGACAACGAACUGGCAACAUUUGUUGUUGGUGUGGGAAACAUGACAUUGAUCAACAUCUUUGGAGAGAAUCCAGCUGAGAUGCAAGAUGUUCUGCAGAUUGUUGUUCAAGCUUUCAUGAGAAUGAAAAGAGUUAAACUUACUCCAAGUUGCGUUUUUGUUCAUCAGAAUGUCACAGAUGUUGCAGCAGCAGAAAAAAACAUGGAUGGAAAAAGACGCCUGCAAGAAAAACUGGACGAAAUGACCAAACUAGCAGCCAAAGAAGAGGAUUGUGAAGCAGAGUGCUUCAGUGAUGUUAUUGAAUUUGACGUCCAAACAGAUGUAAAGUACUUAGCCCAGCUGUGGGAAGGCAGUCCACCUAUGGCUCCUCCAAAUCCAGGUUACAGUGAGAGCAUCCAAGAACUGAAGAAUGUUAUUCUCUCUAAAGCUUCAAAGUCCGAUGGGAUCAGUCUUUCACAGCUCAACUCUAAUAUUCAGGACCUGUGGAUGGCACUUCUAAAUGAAAAUUUUGUUUUCAGCUUUAAAAACACACUGGAAAUUGCAGUGUACAGGAAACUUGAGGUCCAGUAUGGAAACUGGACCUGGGCCAUCAGGAGCAACAUGUUGGCCAUUGAAAACCAGCUCUAUAACAGAAUUGAAAAUGGAGACCAUAACAAGAUUGAGACAAGUUAUCUCAAUCAAGAAACGGACACAACAUUUGAAGACAUUAAAACGAAAAUGAUAAGGUACUUUGAGGAUGAAAAGGAGAAGGAAAUGUUGGUUCAGUGGCGAGGCCGAUUUGAAAGCAAGUUCAAAGAGUUUCGUGAUGAACAGGUGAAAGUAGUUAAAAGAAAACUGGAUGAAAUUAUUGAACAGAAGAAUGCUCGGAAAAAGAUGGACGAUAAGAAGACAGUCUUCGAGACUAAACUGCUACUGAAGAGCAAAGAACUAGCUCAGCAGUUAAAAGAUAAGGCCAAAGAUGAAAAAGAACUGCUAAAGGAAUUCAGCUCAGUUUGGAAAACCUGGGUUACUGAAUUAACAAGAAAUACAGAACCUGUUGCGGACAUCAACUUGGAAGAGGAUCUGUCAACCAUCCUUAGAGAACUUGGUGUGGAAGAAAAACACAUCGAUGAAUCCAAAACACGUGGAAGAUACAAAAACAUCUCUAAAAUGGGUAACUAUAAAGAUUAUAUCAUCUUCCAUAAGAAACAUCUCCAUGAAUCAAGUGGACAACCUGAAAAUGAUGAGAGAAAAAACAAAGACACAGACAAACCAGGAAAUGCAGUAUUUACAUUUUUCAAAGGAAUUUUUAACAUUGGCUCGUCAAAGAAUCAGAACUCUGACAGUGAUCUUUCUUAUCAAAAGCAAGAACAGAUCAGGGAACUCAUUACCAAAGCUACAGAAAUGUCCCUCAAUGCAAUUAAAAAAAACCCUGUUGCUACAAGAGGCUACCAAGCAACGUACUUGCAAGAAAUGAUCCAACUAGUCAUAGAAAAUGUGGAAAAAUCUGAGUGGAAAUAUUCUUUAAAAAGGGAGUUUACAAUUGAUCUCAUCCUAUAUGUGUUUGACUUUGCCAAAAAAUGGCUUCUGGAGUCCCAGGAGAAAUUCAAAAAGAACAAUGAUGCACUCAUUUACCUGGAAAACAAAAAAGAGGAAUAUUACAAUGUUUUCAAAAUCUUUUGUCAAGGAAGUUCCUCUGCAGUAGUCCUUGCUGAACUCAUCUGUGAAAAACUGAAAACAGCCAUCGUUGAAGUUGCUUACACAAAAACAGCCAUAGCUCUUGCUGGAGAGAUGAAGUGUAAUUUCCCCACAUUCAGUGGGACCAGACUAGAUUUGGAGAAACAUCUCUUGAAAUCACUCGCUGAGAAAGAGGACUUUGAGCGUUUCAUUGAAUACAUACAUUAUCCAAAGAAUCAAUCAGAGGCCUUCAUAAAAGCAGAAGUACAGGGCUAUAUCUUCAAAAAUCACAGCGAUAAAGUAGAAAAUACUUUCAAAAAACAUCUCGAAGAUGUCCAUGCACUUGUGAGUCAAGCUUUGUUUACUGCAUCAAAGAAAGUCCAAACUCAUCAUGGAAACACAAACAUGUGGCUGAAUGAAUUAUCCAGUGUGCUCAAAGAUGAGCUAAGAUUUGAUAGUUCUAGUUUUCAAAACUUUGAUGACAUAAAUGACUUUGACUUCCUCAUGAAAGAAGCAGAUAAAAAACUUGAAUCAGUCAAGAAGCAAACCAGCAGUUUCUCUCUGGAUGAAAUGAACAAAGCAAGAAAAACGCCUGAAGAAAUCCUCGUUGAACAUCUGUGCAAGUGCUGUUGGGUGAAGUGUCCGUUCUGUUACGCUGUGUGUACAAACACAGUGGAAGACCACAGUCCUGAUGAUCACAAUGUACCUUUCCAUCGAUCCUCUGCUGUCAAUGGAACUCACUACAGAAACACGGAUAUCUUCAGCAUUGAGUUCUGCACAUCAGAAGUUGCAAGUAAUCACAGUUUUUAUCCUGACAGUUCAGACAGAACCAUUCCCUAUAAACUAUACAGAACUGCUGGUCCAGAAUACGCCUCCUGGAGAAUCACCCCUGAUGAGUCCAAACUAUCCUACUGGAAAUGGUUUGUGUGUAGAUUUAAAGAAGAUCUGGUCAAGCACUAUGAAUAUAGAUUUGAUAAAUAUGGAGAGAUUCCCCAAGAUUGGUUUAAAAUCUCUAAAGAAGAAGCCAUAAAAAGCCUGGAAGAAAUGUGUCAAUGA